CUUCUCCUUCAAGCUGCUUUUGAUCAGAGCGUUUUGUGCUGCGUUCCAGGAGCCUUUUCUGCUGCUGAUGGCCGAAGCUACCGACGAGGCAGUGUGAUUGAGUUGGAAUACUUGACACUGAUCAGAGCAACCUGCUGACGUGCAUUGGUAGACUUGGAGCUGGAAGGCGGGCAGCCGGCAUGGACGUCCUGAACAUGCUGCGCUCCAAGGCCUCCUGGGGCUUUCGGAGCGGACGGUGUGAAAUGCAAGAGCUGCAGGAGUUGCAUGGAGUUCCUGGGCUCAAGCAGACGGUGGUUCCUGAAGAUAGCAGUCUUAGUGAUGCCAGCACGCUGGUGUCAUAUGGGGCCAGCGUAGAAAGAGAGCGCUCUCCGUUGGCCGACUGUGUUCCCAACCACCCUCGCUUCGGGGCAAUGCAUUUGCAAUCCAAUGACGACGCUAGCAUGAUGUCCGCAGAUGUUGAGAGCUUGAGCAAUUGCAGCAGUGGCCAAAAGGGGCCCCGUGCUGCACCGUCAGAGCUGGGGGGUGACAAAGAAGCGGAGAAUGGAGAAAGGGGCCGAAGGGCAAAGGAUGAAAGGGAACAGGAGGAAAAUGGAUUUGCGGAUCCUAGUCAGCAGGAGUGGUCGGACGGUUUGUCAGAUGAUGCAUCAGAUGAUGCCUUUAAGGAAGAAGAACCACUCAAGCUUCCAGUUCUUGAUGAAAGCCCCAAUGGUCUUUUCUCACUACGCAUUGCAACCAACCUCCUGCCUAAAGACAUGCACGCGCCUACUACUACAUCAGUGCACGACGUCACACAUGAAACACCGCUGGCGGGCAUCAAAGCCGAACCUAGUUGUGGGGGCCACAGCGAUGAGGAGCACGAGGUCGCCGACACAGCCUUUUCGCCCCCCCUAGCGCAAGCAAUAGACCGGAAUGAUGCCUUUGUCGAACCCGCAGCAUAUCCAAGGAUCCUCUCAAUGUUGUCAACAGGGACUCCAGCUCAGGAAGAGAGGCAGGAGGAGGCACAUGGGGAUGGGGUAGUGAGAACAAUCAGAGCCGCACAGUCUGACAACGAACAUCAAGUCGAUACUGACAUGAGGGUGAGGGUUGGGAGCGCAGCUGACCACAGUGGUAUGAGUCCUGAGAUCAGGGGGGUGGAGAGCAGUCCUCAGGCAACACUGCGGCGGGAGCGGCUGAGGAAGCAGAAAGAAGCAGCGGAGAAGGUGCAGCAGGAGAUGCAGGAGAUGCAGGCGCUUAUGGAGGCCCUGCUGGCUCAGAACCCCGCCCUCGUGCAUUCUGAGCUGGCUGCCCCCCUGGAGCCCAGCGAGCUCGAGCGCCUGCGGGCGCGGUGCUCCCAGCAGGAGGAAGAGUUGUCCGCCUUCAGAGGAAAGCUGGAAGAUAUUCAGGCGCUGUGCGGUGCGGCGCAGGAUCGGUGCGCGUCGCUGGAGCAGGAGAACCAGCAGAUGCAGACGCAGGUGGCCACCCUCAAGUGGCAGCUCAACCUGCAGGAGGAGUUCCGCUUCCUGACCCCCCCGCCCCACCUGAGCUGCGAGGAGCGCGAGCUGUGGCGCAGGAAGCUGCUCCAGGACAGGCUGCUGCCGCCGCCCGACAAGGCGACAGUGACUGCCCGCAAGCUGGCACUAGAUGAGCCCCAGGGGGUGCACUCCGACCCCGCAUCCCGACCCCCCCGUUCCGUGACCCCAGACGCUAGCGCUGCAUACCUGGCGGCUGUCGCGGACGCUCGCAGGAAUCCGACGCCCGAGAAACUCGCGUUUGCUGCAAAGGCGAGGGGCGACCUGGGGUGGCUGCUGGGGGGGCGCACAGCCAAGGCGCAAGGCGGGCCGUUUGUUGGGGGGGGAAGCGAGGGUGACUUGGAGGGUUUCUCGAAAGUGCACACGAGAUCGUCGUCUCCAGACUGCGAGGCCCAGUCGCCCCGCAGCUUGAUUCGGAACCUGUCCGCAAGCGCUGAGUAUGCAAUGAGAGAGCCCAACGUGAGAGCGCCCGUUUCGGUUGAUGAGCCUGGUGUUGAGGAGAGCGUCAGAGGCUUACGGGCGAGUCUUCACACCCCACUCGCCCGUGACGCAGCAACCCUCGGGACGCCAGUGGCGCAAUCGCCGCUUUUAUCCUUGGAGUCUCCACUUGAGUAAUCUAAAACGCAGUAUGAUUGCUCGUCACUGUUCACUGGCGCACAGCUGUACUCUAAGACAGAUCACAGCCUAGAAACAAUUUCAAACUGUACGACAGGGUGUUGCAUAAAAAGGACGGCAGGCAGGAACAGGAGGACAUUGAAUGAACGGGGGUCUGGUCGAACUACCAACACCUUGCGCCCUGCUUCAUGGGAGUGGAUCGAUUGUCAUUUUGACCGGCCCAUGAAUUGUCUUCGUGAUUCACAAAAUCUGGGUGACGUUUACGGA